GUUGUACAUGUUCACCUGAGGUGUAAAAAGAGAGUCUGAUAACUAGUCUAUGUUAGCCUGAGUCAGCAGAUCCUCACCGGGAUGUCUGACGUUACCUACAGAUUAGAGCUUCUACAAUCAUACAUAUUCUUCAACAUCCACGCAGUUAUCACUUGGAGAUGUCACCGGAUCUGAAUUCUCUUCCUGCAUCGCGCUCGUCUUCAACCUCUUCCUCGAUUCCACAACGUAAUAUGCCCGCUCCUGGAACUGGUCCGGCGCCCGUGAACCCGAACACCGCGUCACCAAGGCCCUCCCGUGGCUCAAGCAUAGGCCGACUAUCGGUAUCCGAGCGACGUCGAUCCGCUGCCGGCAUGAAUCUAAACCUGAACGAGAUGCAGGGCACUAGCCCAGGAUCCAGCAGCGAGUUACCUGCAUCAGACCACCGCGACCAUCGCAGCUCGAUCGGACAUGCAUUCCGCACAGCUAGCCCGUCCAGCCACGGUGGAAGCCCCAUCUUCGCGACAGCAGAUCCGCAUCACCACCGCGCACCAUCGCUGGGAGAGCUACACCAAGAGCUGGAGCAAGAACAAGAAGCACAAGUGAACCGGCUUCUCCAGAUGAUCCGCAGCCAGCAGGCCCAAUUGCACCAAUACCAGCAGCAACAGAACCCGCAAUCAUCCGCUGCAAUCGACGACACAACCCCGGCAUCCGAACGGUCGGCCUUCUUCCCCCCUGGCCCGGCAGCACCUCCAGCCGGCAACAGAUUAUCGAUCUCUUCUUCAUUCUCAAACCGCCGAAACUCACGACCUUCAAGUCAAGCAACGUCACCGAACCUGCGGCCGUUAGACUCACGUGGACCGGAAGGCGUGGAGCCAUUCCCGGGGUUGCGGGAUAGUGCAUCUCGGCGCGGCAGCCGGGACGAGAGUGCAUUUUACCAAGCCGAAGCGAGCUCACUAGCCCGAGAAAACGUGCUCCUUCGGCAACGGAUCCGGGAACUAGAGAGACAAAUUGGCGGUAUGACGGCUUCCCAGAGCGCGUCCUCUGCAACAACGACUUCGGGCAUUCCGUCCGGGCAAGCGGGGACCGAAACCGCGGACCCGCCUGCCGUGGGCUCAACGCGAGACGGCAAAGACUGAAGUGCGCAUUCAGCACGAGUCUUGGCUCGUUGAAAUGACCCCCACAGGGCGAUAUGAUUGAUACAGGUGAUACCCCGGAUGUCAUCCUAGUUGUUCAAUACUCCACCGAUGCAAUACUAUGACAGAGGAUAACCACAGAAAAUCCCUCAGCCCCCAAAGCAACGGAUGUUGCGCGAUUUUGCAAAUCUUGGCGCCUAAAUCUUCGUGAAGGGUCAAGUCUUUCGAGUUCUGGCCACCGAUAUCCCAUCUUUCGAGGACAGACACAGGUGUUUCUAUUUCCUUUUGUGGGAAUGCGCAAUGUGGCUUCAUGCGCUUUUUGUCAUGCUUGCAGUUCUGACCAGUGUAAUUUGUCUUACUGUCGAGGUCGCAAUCUGGGAAACCCCGAAGUUAAUGUAGAAAUCCAUGACAAUUCAUGUUGACUUUA